GGUAUACACAGACAAUCACAACAAAUACGACAAUGGGAAAGGAAGAGAUCAAACGAAUUGGCAUUGUCGGUGCUGGGUCAAUGGGAUUGAACAUGUCCCUCAUGUUCCGCGAUGUCGGAAUGGACGUAAGCGUGUUCGAUAUCGUGAGUGAUAAUGUUGAUAAGGCAAUAAAACUAGCAAAGGAGGAUCCGGAUGCGAAGAAAGGUGGAUCGACGGAGGGAUUGAAGGAGUACUCACAUUUCGCCAAUUCAUUCGAUGAGAAGGCACGCCGUGUUAUUUUGUUGUCGAUUUCGCAUGGACACCCGACGGAUGAGGUCUUGGAUAAUUUGUUGCCGUUGUUGAAGGAGGGAGAUAUUAUUAUCGACGGAGGAAACGAGUGGUGGGAGGAGACCGAGCGCCGUCAACGCCGCUGCGAAGAAAAGGGUGUUUUCUUCAUCGGUAUGGGUGUUUCAGGCGGGUACCAAUCCGCUCGCCGUGGGCCCUCGAUGAGUCCCGGUGGGUCUAAGGAGGCUUUUGAUAUUGUGGAGGAUAUGUUGAAGAGUGUCGCUGCGAAUUCUGAGCAGGGUGGGCCUUGUGUGACGUAUGUUGGACCCCGUGGGAGUGGGCAUUAUGUCAAGAUGUUGCAUAAUGGAAUUGAGCAGGGUAUGCUCGGUGUCAUCUCUGAAGCGUAUGCGGCGCUUCACGCUAUCCUCAACUCUGGACCUGAUCCGAAGCAUCGUGACGCGAAUCAGCAGAUUGGGGAGAUUCUCGCUAAGUGGCGCGAUGGCGGGGAGUUGAAGAACAACUUCCUCGUUGAUAUCGGGGUGGAUAUUUGCACUCGUAGGGGCGGAGACGGGAAGAGUGAGAAAGAACCGGGGGAGGUUGUCGAUGUCGUCGAAGACAAGGUCGUUCAGGAUUCGGACAAUACGGAGGGAACGGGGGUGUGGUCGCUUCGUGAGGCUGCGGCGCGACAUGUUUCUGCGCCGACUAUUGCCGCGGCACAUUUCAUGCGUAUCGCAUCUUCGAACCGUCCUGAUCGUCUUGCGUUCGUCAAGAACGGACCCCAAAUCCCCACGCCCAUGAAUGCUCCACUCGAGGGCAAAGAGCGGGAUGAGUUCGUCGAGGAUUUGAGGAAGGCUGUCUACCUGUCUUUCUUGGCCGCAUUCAUCCAGGGAAUGGGUUGUAUUGCCAAUGCUUCCAAGGACGAAGAGUGGGAUGUCAAGAUGAGCGAGGUGAUGCGUAUCUGGCGCGCAGGGUGUAUCAUCACCUCCGACUACAUCGCCGACCUCCUCCAACCCAUCUUUGCCUCUCAAGAAGACCUUCGCAACCUUCUUACCCACCCCUCCGUCGCGCGCGAAGUCCGCACCAACUUCCCCUCCCUCAAACGCAUCGUAGCCUGGGCAAUCCAACACGAUGCUCACUGUCCCAGUAUCUCUGCGAGUUUGGAGUGGUGGAAGUACUGCGGUCAGGAGGAGUUACUGCCUACGAGCUUUAUGGAGGGCGAGAUGGAUUUGUUUGGUGGUCAUUCAUAUGAUUUGAAGAGGGAGGGGAAUGAGGGGACGGAGAAGGGGAAGCAUCAUACGGAGUGGAGGAAGCCUUAA